UAGUCGCCUGAUUGCGUGUUUUCUUUGUGCAAAUAUUUGUUGCAUGAGGGAAAUUCAAAACAAAGAGAAUUAUUGACACGAGUAGGUGCAUUUUAUGCACCUGUGUUAUUGCCGAUUCAAAAACGUUAACAAUAUUAAAGAAAUAUUUAUUUCUCGUUCUACCGUAUACGUUUUUACGUGUAUGUAAAAUGACGUCAUUGGGAUAAUGCCGCGCAAAAAUUACAAUCUCUUUAUGCGACACAUGACCAGUGGAUGUUGUGAAUAAAGUGCGAGUAAAAAUGAAUAACACAAAAUUUAGAGAAACUGACAAUAAUAACGCAAUCAUGGAGUCAUCGAUAAUUGACGACUCUGAAGACGAAUCCGACGAAUUAUUCUCAGAUGACGAACAAAAAGAGAUCAAAUGUGAUGCUCUAAUCUUGAAUCGCUUUGAAACACCUAGUGACAGUAUCAUUGUUGACAACAAAACGACAGAUGCAAUUCCAUGUACACCGUUGAGUUUGUUACCUCUUUUAAGCAAGAUAAAUGAACAGUGGAGUAGUGAUUUUGAGACACCACAAGCUCAGCCAGAUAUAAAAUCAAUGACAAGUACAACAGAAAAAAGAGAAGAAACAUCUAAAUAUGAACAGCAUACACCUGAUAUUUCAAUUGUUAAAAGCGUAGACAAAAUUAUGUCUGCUUCUCCCAUUAUUGCUGUAGAAUCUAGAGCAUCACGAAGACGCUCCAAACGUCGUAUAUUUAGAUCUUCUAUAUCGACAGACCCAUUGGUUAUAACCAACAAUGAAGAUAGUACAGUAGAUGUACCAAUAGAAACAUCUAUUUCUAAAAAUAUUAAUUCCGCAGUACAAAAUAGUGCUACAAAUGUUGCGGAACCUAUUUCAUCUGUAGAUAAUAUUCUUGAAGAUUGUGAGUCAGAAGUUUUCAAUAAAAUUGAAAACAUAUGUAAUAAUGAGGAAUUAAAAAAUCUUACAAAUAUUACACCUGACAAUUUGGAUACAUCAACACAAGAAUUUUUUAGAAAUGUUUCGUUCAGUAAUAUAGAUCAGGUAUGCUUGAACACUUUUAAUAAUGAAACAACAGUCAAGUCUACUGUGCAUUGUAACCAGAGGAUCAAGGAUACUGAUAAAGACAGGAAUAAUGAAGAGAAUCAAAAUAUAGGUUUCUUUACUGCUCAUGGUGCUUCAAUUAAUGUCUCAAAGCAAGCUGUAUUUAAAGCGAAGAGACUGUUCGCAGAUGCCUUUGAUAUAGAUGAAACUCAGGCACAGAAUUAUGAAUCAUUUGCCAAAAGAAAUUCUAAUGAACAGACAAAUAAGCAUUUAUCAUCAUCCUAUUCAUUUGUUGAUACUGUUUCUAUCAAUACUACAAAAGAAAUAUUAUCCAAAUCAGAGCGACAAAUUACAGAACAUGACAAAACGCGUAUUACAAAUUGUGAAGAGCCAUUUGUAAAUAAAAGUUCUAUUGAAGAAAUCAAUACAGUUCCUACUUUGUUCUCAACUGCUAGCGGUGCAUCCAUUAACAUCUCAAAGGAAGCAUUAUCUAAAGCAAAAACAUUAUUAGUAGAUGAAAAGGAUAAUGAUAAAUUAAUAAAAUAUUCUGAGAGUCCAUCUACAAAUAAAAGUUCUAUAAAAUCAAAUGAUACAACUUUGACAUUAUUUUCUACGGCUGAUGGUAAGCCUAUUAAUAUCUCAGAAAAAUCAUUAGCCAAAGCAAAAAAGUUAUUAGCGGAUGAAGCAGAAAAGAAAAACGAUAUAUUAAUAAAAUAUCCUGAAAAAUCAUUCAUGGAUGUAAAUUCUAUGGAAUCAAAUAAUAUGACUUCAACAUUAUUUUCCACUGCUGGUGGUAAGCCUAUUAGUAUCUCAGAGAAAUCAUUGGCCAAAGCAAAAAAGUUAUUAGUGGAUGAAUCAGAAAAAGAAAAUGAUAUAUCAAUAAAACAUUCUGAAAAUUCAUUCACAAAUAUGAAUUCUAUGCAACCAAAUGACAUGACUUCAACAUUAUUUUCCACUGCUGGUGGUAAGCCUAUCAAUAUUUCAGAAAAAUCAUUGGUCAAAGCAAAGAAAUUAUUAGCGGAUGAAGCAGAAAACAAAAAUGACAUGUUAAUAAAAUAUCCUGAAAAGUCAUUAACAGAUGUAAAUUCUAUGGAAUCAAAUAAUAUGACUUCAACAUUAUUUUCCACUGCUGAUGGUAAGCCUAUCAAUAUUUCAGAAAAAUCUUUGGCCAAAGCAAAGAAAUUAUUAGCGGAUGAAGCAGAAAAGAAAAAUGAUGUAUCAAUAAAAUAUCCUGAAAAAUCAUUCACAGAUGUAAAUUCUAUGGAAUCAAAUAAUAUGACUUCAACAUUAUUUUCCACUGCUGGUGGUAAGCCUAUCAAUAUCUCAGAGAAAUCAUUGGCCAAAGCAAAAAAGUUAUUAGCAGAUGAAGCAGAAAAGAAAAAUGAUGUAUCAAUAAAAUAUCCUGAAAAAUCAUUCACAGAUGUAAAUUCUAUGGAAUCAAAUAAUAUGACUUCAACAUUAUUUUCCACUGCUGGUGGUAAGUCUAUCAAUAUUUCAGAAAAAUCUUUGGCCAAAGCAAAGAAAUUAUUAGCGGAUGAAGCAGAAAACAAAAAUGACAUGUUAAUAAAAUAUCCUGAAAAAUCAUUCACAGAUGUAAAUUCUAUGGAAUCAAAUAAUAUGACUUCAACAUUAUUUUCCACUGCUGGUGGUAAAUCUAUCAAUAUUUCAGAAAAAUCUUUGGCCAAAGCAAAGAAAUUAUUAGCGGAUGAAGAAAAGAAAAAUGAUAUAUCAAUAAAAUAUCCUGAAAAAUCAUUCACAGAUAUAAAUUCUAUGGAAUCAAAUAAUAUGACUUCAACAUUAUUUUCCACUGCUGGUGGUAAGCCUAUCAAUAUCUCAGAGAAAUCAUUGGCCAAAGCAAAAAAGUUAUUAGCAGAUGAAGCAGAAAAGAAAAAUGAUGUAUCAAUAAAGUAUCCUGAAAAAUCAUUCACAGAUAUAAAUUCUAUGGAAUCAAAUAAUAUGACUUCAACAUUAUUUUCCACUGCUGGUGGUAAGCCUAUCAAUAUCUCAGAGAAAUCAUUGGCCGAAGCAAAAAAGUUAUUAGCAGAUGAAGCAGAAAAGAAAAAUGAUGUAUCAAUAAAAUAUCCUGAAAAAUCAUUCACAGAUAUAAAUUCUAUGGAAUCAAAUAAUAUGACUUCAACAUUAUUUUCCACUGCUGGUGGUAAGUCUAUCAAUAUUUCAGAAAAAUCUUUGGCCAAAGCAAAGAAAUUAUUAGCGGAUGAAGCAGAAAACAAAAAUGACAUGUUAAUAAAAUAUCCUGAAAAGUCAUUAACAGAUGUAAAUUCUAUGGAAUCAAAUAAUAUGACUUCAGCAUUAUUUUCCACUGCUGGUGGUAAGUCUAUCAAUAUUUCAGAAAAAUCUUUGGCCAAAGCAAAAAUAUUAUUUGCAGAACAAUUUGAUACUACUGUUGAAGAACAGAUAAUUUCUAAUAAAAUUGAUGUUUUUGAUAACAAACAAUGUGAUAUAAAUACUUCAAAUAUUAAAUCUUGUACUGCUUCUGACAAAAAAAUUAAAGGAUGCGAUUUAAAAAUUUCAUAUGAUGGCCUUCAUCAUCUAGAAAGCGAUCAAGAGAUAACAGUUUCAAGCAACGCUCUAUUAAAAUCACGAACAUUCUUCUCUGACAACCAUCUGGAGAAUAAUAGUCCUAAUUUAAGAUAUACAUCAUUGCAUAAGAGUAACAACGAUAAUUCAGAUGAGAACACACCCUUGAGCAGGGACUACAUGCCUGAAUCGAAAAAAGCGCGUUUCAGUAACGAACUUCAAGCUAGAAAAUUAUCUUUCGACGACAUGGAUAUAGAUAUGGAUAACGACGAGAACCGAAAUCCGGACAAAAAAAAUUCUGUCUUAAGAUCGGCCGAAAGUGAUGUAGAAUCACUUGAACUGGAUGUGAUGAGUAGUCCUGUUCUAGGAACACAUUCGAGAAAGCGGAAAGAUUUAGGACAUCGAAGGGACAAGUGUGCAUCACGAGCGGAUAGAACAUCGCCUAAUAAAGAAGAAAAUGUAGCAUCACGAGGAGACAUUGCGCACAAAGAUACAUCUUGCAAGAAUACAGAUAUGAACGAAUCAGAUACGGAGAUGCAAAUGGAGAGACAAAAGGAGGAGAACAAUACGGAAUCGAGCGAGUACAGCGAUACUCAGUUAAUGAUGUAUUUCGUCGACGAGUCAGCGAAGAUACUGCAGGAUCGCUUGACGGCCGCGUUGGAGCAAGAGAAGGUCGUCACCUCGAAGAGGAGACACGGAUCGAAGCAAUCGCUCGGCCAUCUGUAUCGUUACAAGCAGGUUCAUUCUAAGGUUCGUUUAUCGUUGAGAGAAAUCAGCAGCGGUGCAUCUCCUGUACCGCUCUCAUAUCAGGAACUCGUUGAUCGACGAAUAUCGCCGAGUAUUCUGGGGAUCACCGCCGCGACAGCCUCGUCGUAUACAUUCCGCUGCUCCGAUUUUUACGGGAACGAAGAAGUGCGGACCAACGUUCGCGGAAUAGAAAUGGAGGACGAGGUGCGCCUGAUUCUGGAUGAGAAUGGUUACGUGGGAAUCUGGGAGUUCCUUCGCGCUUUCCUCGCGAGUUCGGGUGUAGAUCCGAAUCUGGUUCCCGCACGCUGGGUCGAGAAUCAUUACCGCUGGAUCGUAUGGAAAUUGGCGUCGAUGGACAGAAUGAAAUUCGGCUCGGCCAAGUUACCUAGGGCAUUAACACCUUCACGCGUGAUGGCGCAAUUAAAGUACCGAUACGAUCGAGAGAUUGAUCAGUUUCAGCGAUCUGCUAUAAGACGUAUCUUGGAGAAGGACGACGUCGCGUCUAAGAGAAUGAUUUUAUGCGUCUCAUCUAUAGAAGAAACUAAUGUAAAUACGGAGAUAGGGAAGAGUCCGCGUAUAGGAGUGCCAAAAUGGAGAAUAGAAUUAACUGAUGGCUGGUACAGUGUACCUGUUUGUAUCGAUAUAGGAUUGGUGAAGAGCAUAUCAACUGGGAAAGUAAGAGAGGGCACGAAAUUGGUGAUAUCUGGCGCGGAAUUGCUAAAUUGCGAUCAAGGUUUCUAUCCACUGGAGGCACCAGCUUCCGUGUGUUUAAAAUUACACACAAAUUCAACCAGGCGUGCACGAUGGGACGCGAAAUUAGGGUACACACCGUGCUCAGGACCGAUACCCAUCAAAUUACAUAACGUCUGUCCGAACGGCGGUUUAAUUGGAAAAAUGACAAUUAUUGUCGCUAGGGUGUAUCCGACGUUAUAUCACGAGAAAACCGCAUCCGGAGAUUCGAUUAUUCGAAACGCUAAAAGCGAGGCGAAAGCACAAAGCACGUAUGAACAGCAAUGUUUGUCCAAGAUCGAAGUAUUUUAUGCUAACGCGGAGAGAGAUUUUCAAAAACUUUCCGGAGAUAAGUUGGACGAAGAUUACAAAAGCUCGUCUUCACAGAAAUCCGCCUCGAAGAAACGACGCAGCGACGAAUUAUUGCAAGAAUUGCAGCAGGAAAAAGAGACAUUCAUGCAAGACCUACAAUCAAAAUUGCGGAAAAGUUUGCCGGAGCCGCGACAAGUUUCUCAGCUGCUCAAGGUUCGCGUAUGCGACGAAAACGUAAACGCAAUCCUGUCAAUCUGGUCGCCCGGCGAGGAAGUUGUCAAUGCCCUCAGAGAAGGCGCGUGUGUCUCGCUCUAUAACGUCGUCGCUUCUGGAAGGAGAGGAACCGAAUUACAACUCACCGCGCGUCGGUCCUCGAUUUUUAAACCGGUAAAGAUGCACGAUACGUCAUAUCCUACUAGAGUAUACACGUCCUUUUGCGAAAUGGUCAAUUCUGAGUUUGCUCCACCUUACGGAGAAUUCGACACGGUGGGUUUUGUCUGUUCUGUCGGCCCUGCCCCUUAUGGUAUGAAAGAUUUCGAGGUCGUACAUUUGGCGUAUCCGAAAAGGGAUUCGAAUGACUCCUUAUAUCUUUCGAUAUUGUUUUGGCAAGGAAUAGCCGGCUAUGGCUACACAGAUAUUCUUACUGUCGGAUCUAUUGUAGCGUGCAGUAAUUUAGAAUGGCGAAGAGCAACUUCAUGGAAUAUCCCAGCGGCGUAUUGCACGGACAGAACUAUUUUUACGUGCAAUCCUCGUCGAAAUCAUCUUUACGAGGCCUUCGAAAAUUUACAAAAUCUAAUCACGGAUCCAAUUAAGUAUGCUGAAAGGUGUACUUUCGCGCUUAAUGUGGAAUUGCAAAAGAAGUCAACGCCGACGCGUUAUGUGACGAGUAAAAGUACUCCGAUUAAAAUAUAUAAUUCAAUCGCAUCGAGCGUGGACAAAAGAUGCGAUUACACGUCGCCGCUGGCGGCACCGAGAUCAGGAGCCGACAGCAGCCCGAGUUAUGUCGCAUCUAAUCCCUCGAUCCAGAGACGACUCGAGAAACUCCAAUAUUAUGGCGAACCGCCCGAACUGUCUCCUCUCAUGCUCAGAAAAUCCAAGAGGGUUUCUUUGAAUUUCCAAUCCCCCAUACGCCUUUCGUCGGACUCGACGAAAGAUGCCUCGAAUAUUGAUCAGUCCGGGGAUCCAGACUCGUCCGGAGCGUUGAAAAAAAUAUAAUCACAACUUAUUUGUUUUCAUUCUAAUUAUAAGCGACAACUGUAAAAAUUGUUAAUUAUUUUAUUAUAAUUAUAUAAAUAUAAACUA